AUGUAUGACCUCACAUGGUAUUUGCGUUGGGGGGCUCCUCCAGUCAUCGACCCAGUAGGACGGGUGUUUCCUAACAACACUGUGACAUCACCAGUCCUCUCACUCAACCUGUCCAUGACAUCAUCGCAAAGCAACUCAACCUUUAACCUGUCUAACCCCGCCCCCGGAGACUGGUACCUGGCGGCUCACCUGCCCCGAGACGAUGGACGCAUCGAACACAAGGGAUUCCCGUCCUGUUCCUACUUCUUCCAGCCCCAGCUGUCAGUCAGGAGAGCAGUGGACACACCCAUCCUCCAGGCCACGCCCCUAACCCAGACCGCCUCCCCCAACAGACCUGCACUACUCAGGUACCCUAACCCCCAGCCCUAA